ACUAUGAAGAAGAGUUCAUUCGUCGAGCCUGCCGUUCUCCUGAACGCGUUUGCUAUGACUCUGACCCUCCCGCUGACGGCGCAGUAUGUGUACCGGAGGAUAUGGGAAGGAACGGGUAACUACACCUUUGCUUCUGGUAGCAAUGUCUCUGAAUGUGAGCAAAACAAAAGCAACCCCAUCUUUGCAUUCCGGGAGGAAGUUCAGAAGAAGGUGUCCCUGUUCAGCCUGCAGGUGGAACUGAGCGGGUUGAUUCCUGGCCUGCUGUCCACGUUCAUGCUUUUGUCCAGCAGCGACAACCACGGGCGGAAAUUCCCCAUGGUUCUCUCAUCUCUGGGCUCUCUGGGAAGCAGCGUCUGGCUGUGUGUGCUGUCCUACUUUGACCUCCCCCUCCAGCUACUGAUGGCAUCCACCUUCAUCGGUGCCCUCUUUGGGAAUUACACCACGUUUUGGGGAGCUUGCUUUGCCUACAUUGUGGAUCGGCAUAAAGAGUACAAGCGGAGGAUCAUUCGGAUAGCCGUCCUGGACUUUGUGCUCGGAGUCACCACCGGGCUGACGGGCCUGGCGUCUGGCUAUUUUAUCCGAGAACUGGGCUUCGUGUGGUCCUACUUCAUUGUCGCCGUGGUCCUUAUGGUCAACCUGACCUACAUUUCCUUUUUCCUCAGUGACCCCAUAAAGGAGUCUUCGUCUCAGAUUGUCACUCUGUCCUGCAGCGAAAGCAUCAAGGAUCUAUUUUACCGGACUUACAUGCUUUUUAAGAAUGGCUCCAGCAAGCGACGGGCUCUGCUCUGCCUGCUGAUCUGCACCAUCGUUGUCUAUUUCUUUGUGAUAAUGGGCAUGUCCCCAAUCUUUACACUUUACGAGCUGGCCUCUCCGCUCUGUUGGAAUGAGGUCUACAUCGGCUACGGCUCGGCUCUGGGCAGCGUCUCCUUUCUGAGCAGCUUCCUCGGCAUCUGGCUCUUUUCGUACUGCCUGGAGGAUAUCUACAUUGCGUUCAUCGGCAUCUUCACCACGAUGCUGGGGAUGGUGCUGGCUGCUUUCACCAGGACCACCCUGAUGAUGUUUCUGGUAAGGAUACCGUUCUUCUUCACCAUCAUGCCGCUUUCUGUGCUGAGGUCCAUGCUGUCGAAGGUGGUCCACUCGACCGAACAAGGUGCGUUGUUUGCUUGCAUUGCUUUCUUAGAAACCCUUGGUGGAAUCACUGCAACCUCUGCAUAUAAUGGGAUUUAUUCUGCCACUGUCGCCUGGUACCCUGGCUUCAUCUUUCUGCUGUCUGCUGGCCUCCUGGUCCUUCCAGUCAUCAGUCUCUGGUAGGUGCCUCUCAUCAUCUUAGCAAAGGGCACGUGCUUUAAAACACUCAGUUCUAGCGCUGCCAGCAAAAUGGCACAGACGCUUGACAAUUUGCCCCAGAGGAUGUCUUCCUCAAGAAUCACU